AUGUCAAUAGAAGAGAUGAAUAGUAAUAAUAAUAAUACAGUAAUAGUUAAAGAAUUAGAUAAUAUAUUAUUUAAAUUUGCAUUGACAGAUAAUGGAGCACCAUUUAAUCGAUUCUUGGACAGCAAUCUAUGUUUGGUGAUUGAAAAGUUAAACAAUGAUGAUGCAUCGGUCAAGAAAAAGGUGUUGGAGGUGUUGAGCAAUGUAAACAAGAGAACCAUGUUUGCACCUGAUCUAGAGUAUCCUUUGGAUGCUUUGAUCGAGUUGUAUCAUCGUCCAACAUCAUCACUAUUGGUCAAGAACUUUGCAAUCGUCUACGUUGAAAAGGCAUUCAAUACACUUGCAAAAGAGAAACGUUCAACCUAUCUAACAUCAAUCAUCACCAAUAUAUCUCAAUUACCUUCUCAACAUCAAGAUAUCUUUUGUCAUAUUAUUUUAAAUAUUAUAAUGGUAUUAAAUUUAAAUAAUUUAAUUGAUAGUGAAAAAGAUAAACAGUAUCCAUGGAGAUCAAAUGAAAAGGAUUACAAGGUGGUGUUGGCAUUCAUGUUGGAUUUAUUGUUGGUGCCAACCAAUGUGGGGUUAAAGAAUGAAGAGGGUGCUGUUGUGGUGCCACCAGGACACAACCUGGCCAGUUUGCAACGUGUGAUGGGCAAGAACCUGGACAAGUACGAUUUCAAGGCGUUGAAUGAUCGCAAGAUGGCAACACUGCAGUUUUGUGCGUGUGGAUUGUUGCCAGACACUGACGUAUUGGUACCUGUGAUUGUGGCGACAUGUGACGCCUUUCAAGAUGUAAAUAAGCGUGCCGAAGAUAUUAUCAAACGUCUUCCAAAAAUCAAUUGGGAAUCAGAACCACUCGUCACCAAAUUGUACAGUAUCUUUACGGGUGACACUACAUCGGGUAGGUUAGCCGCAUCAAACCAACUCCGUGAAAAGAUUCUCAUUGUGUUUUGCAAGUCUGUAUUGGCUGCCAACAACUUUCCAGCUACUCUUCAAAUCAUUUUCGAAGCAGUCUAUGGUACACAGUCGACUGUCAAGGUCAAGAAUGCUGCCAUGUCAUUUGUACAGUGGGUGUUUCGUCAUGCCCAAGACAAGUAUAUCGAGCAGACUGGCGCCGUCAUUCUAUCAGGUCUGUUGAAAUUGAUCGACUCUAUGGACGGGUCUUCAUCCAAAGAGGAAACCGAGUUGAAAGCAUAUGCAUACACCUCUCUCGGUCUCCUCUGCAAACGUAACAAGAAACUAUUCAAUUCCGAUCUAACCCUAGUCAUGAAACUCAUGUCAAAAGUUGCCAAAGAAGAAUCUAUCGUCUCUAGUGCCAUUCAAGAUUGUCUUGUCAUGCUCAGAGAAGCAUUCAUCGAUAUCAAAGAUGCAGCUCUUGCUGAAAAUUUAAUUCGUGUCUUGUUAACUUUUAUUUAUAAUGGAGAAUAUUUAAUUAGAUUAAUUGUAUUACAAUGGGCACAACAUUGCUUUCCAUUUAAAAAUAUUCAAUCUAGAUAUUUUAGUUUGGUGAUGGUUGGUGAUAUUAGACCUGAUAUUAGAGAGGAAGCACGUAGAGGUUUGGAACCAUACAAACAUAAUGGAAAUAUGUUACAACCAUGCAGUGAAGCAGAUGAUGAGGAGUACCCCAACUUUGAACAUCUACUCGAAUACAUUACUGCUUGGGCAAACAAGACGACCGAACAAAAAUACAUCAACUCUAUUCGUCCCGAUCUUAUCAGAGAAGAGUUGGUAGCCAAGAUUAUCGCCAUUGCAAGCGAGCAGCAACCAGCCAAGGAACGAGACGACAUGUUGAAUGGAUACAUUACCAAGGUUAACGGUACCAAGGAUGUCGUUGAAAUUUUGGCACUCCUAGGAAUCUAUUCACCACUACCAAUUGCAUCGGAAGAAACUAAAAAGAAAAUGAUAAAGACUUUGAUGAAUAUGGUCGAUGGCGCAUCGACAGAACGAUCCAUUCAAGAAGCUGCAUUGGUUGCUCUUAGUUGGAUAUCGAUUGGUGAAAAGAUGACAGGAGACAAACGUCAAGAAUUACUCGAUUGUCUAUUCAAACAAGUCAACAACAAGAAUGAAGAAUUACAAUUCUCGAUUGGUGAAGCACUCGGUAUUCUAGUCGGUCAUCAAUUCCUCUCUCCUCUUCCAAUCUAUCCAUUCUCUCCAUUCUCUAUUGAAGAAAUCAACUCUUCAUUAUCAAAGGAAAAACAAUAUAUUGGUGAACAAGAAAGUUCAAGUCAAAGAAUGGUUUUGGAUAAUAUUGAUCAAACGACCGACAACUCGUCUGCCGAGGAAGAAGUAACCAAAUUAUUUAAAAGAAUUGUAACAUCAUACUUUUCUGAUAGACAAUCACCAAUUACAAGAUGUUCAGCUGGUAUUUGGAUGCUUUGUUUAUUAAAGAGUUUUGGACGAUUAGAUUUCAUUCAAGGAUUGUUGGCUGAGAUUCAGAAUGGAUUCUGUUCAUUAUUGGCCGACAAUAACGAGUUGACACAGGAUAUUGCUAGUCGUGGUAUUACUCUUGUUUACGAGUCUAGUACAGACCCUGCAUUCAAAGAGUUCCUCGUGUCAAACCUCGGAAAGACGCUGGCAGGCAAGCCGACUCAAAAGGCACCAGGAUCAUCCGAGUUGUUGCCAGAGGGGUCGGUCACCAAGACUGGCCAGGUGUCUACAUACAAGGAAUUGUCAAAUCUAUCGACCGAUCUAGGUAAACCAGAUAUGAUCUACAAGUUUAUGAACUUGUCGGCUCAUCACCAAAUUUGGAACUCUAGAAAGGGUGCUUCGUUUGCCAUUGUCUCGUUGGCUGGAAAGGCUCGUGAAGAGAUGGCACCACUUAUUCCACAUCUUGUGCCCAAGAUCUACAGAUACUUGUAUGACCCCAGUCCCAAGAUUGCAGCGUCUAUGCAGAGUAUUAUGAGUGCCAUUAUCGACCAAAAGGAUAUCUUCCCCAAGUACUUUGUACCAAUCAUCAAGGAGUUGUUGGCUGGUAUGGGUACGAGUGCAUGGCGUGUACGUGAGGCAUCUUGUGCAGCUGUGCCAGACGCCAUCUCGCAUGCUUCUAUUGAAGACCUCGAACCUUUCAUCGAAGAGUUGUUUUACAUGAACUUUAGAACACUCGAUGAUAUUAAAGAGACGGUUAGAAAGGCUGCCGAAACAUCUGUACGUAGUCUUGGUAGUGUAACGGCUCGUUUUGUCGACCCAGGAUCCACAGUCUCUCGUGCCAAGGCACAACACAUUCUCGGUGUCGUCAUCCCGCUUCUGCUUACCAAGGGUAUCACCAACGACUCGGCUGAAGUCAAGCAGUUCUCGUUGCAACUACUACUCAAGAUUAGCAAUAGUGCCAAAGACCAACUUUCCAAGUAUGUCCCCGACAUGGUACAAGCGUUACUCGAAUCGCUGUCGUCGUUGGAGCCAGCAAUGCUAAACUAUGCAACAAUGCAUGCCGAAUCGUUGAAUCUCAAGCAAGAAGAAAUUGAAAACCUUCGUGUCGACAUGUCCAAGCGAUCAGUCGUCAGCGAAGUACUCGAAUGUUGGUAUAGUGACACGAGUUGGUGUGGCCAAGUUAUCGCCAAUUUGUUCCAGUCGCGUAUCAUCCAAAUCGAAGUGGAGCCUGCACAAGUACAAAAGCUCAUCAAAACCAUGUUGCCAUCGAUCAUGGACCGUUCACCAGUGACACGUCGCCAAUUCAUCCAGACACUAUGCAUUUGCAUCAAAAAGUCAAACAAUGCAACCAUCAAACAGACCAUCCAACACGUUAUGGAUCUUCCACAACUACAACAAACACAAAACGUCGAGGAGAAUACCAUCCUCGAAGUGGUCGGUCUCUUUUUCCGUGAACUCUACAAGAUUGCAUCGUCAGAGAUUCAACCAUUCAACAAGGAUCUAAUCCCAUUCCUCUACUUUCAAAAGUCACAUCCUAAAAAGGAAGUAUCGGACCUCUACAAACAGAUUUGGGACGAUAACUCGAUUGGCUCGAUCCGACUAUACACCGAUGAAAUUGUAAAGAUCAUCUCGAUCAAUCUGACUGGUUCAGCAUGGGCAUUAAAGCAACAAGCUGCUCUAUGUCUGUCAAAUUUAACCGAAGAUAUUAGAAACAUGAUGGAGAAUCAUUUACCUGUCGUACUCUCACUCUUGCUUCAAGGAUUAAAAGGUAAGACGUAUCCAGGUAAAGAUUCACUCCUUGGAUCAAUGUCUACUAUUUCAUCAGUCUGUGCUAAAUCCAUUAAAGAACUUGGAAGUGGUGGACAACAAGUAGGUUCAUCAUCACUACCAGUUCCAAGUGCAAAGGAAAUGUUAUUGGCAAUGUUACAGGAAUGUAAAAAGAUUGAUAUGGAUUACAAGAGAAAGGCGUUGGUCAACUUGGCAUCGAUGUUGCGUUCAUUUGAAGAUAUCGAUAUUUACCAACAGGUCAGAGAAACAGUCUACCAAUUAGUAUUUGAAAAGGAAAAGAAAGAGAAUGCUAGUGCACUAGACGAUGAAAUGGACUUGGAUGAUCCCAAACAAAAGGCAUUACUUCUAUUAGUAAGAACCAAUGCAUUUGCAGUGAUUGGUGAAGCCUAUUCAUCGGCAUCGAUCGAUACUAAAAAGGCAAAUAUUGAAAUUGGCAAUAGAUUGAUGGAAAAGCUUGUAUACCACAUUUGGAAUGAACAAAUCUCUAUUCUAACAUCAAUGAAACUAUAUGUACAUGCUGUAUUUACAAACACUGAUCUAUCCAAUCUCAUCGAUAACAAGGAGCAAUGGAUGAUCAAUAUUCUAAAACCACUCUUUGAGUGCAUUGAAACCUCGAAAUAUGCAGUUGUCAAACAAAACUCACUCAAUCUUAUCGAGCAACUACUCAUCGAUGCCAAACAACAUAUUUCCAAUGGUCAAUUACAAUCUAUUAAAAGUAUCCUCCUACAAAACAAAGAUAGAGAUAAUACUCUAACACUUCAAUUUGAAAAAUUAUUAAAACAAUUUUGUAAUAACAACAAAGAUUAUAGUACUACUACUACUGUACAGUCAAGUCAAUAUCAACCAACUAUCAACAAUAAGAGUUAUUAUUCAACUUCUUCACUUUCAACAUUAUUAUCAAUCAAGAAACAUGAAUCAUCAAUCUCUAAGAGAUUAUAUAGUAGUAAUAAUAUGAAACCAAUUGUAGCAGAUAAUAACUUUGAAACGGUUGGAUAUAGUUUAUUACCAGUAGUCAAUAAACUACAAGAGAUUACAUCAUUAAUUGGUACAGAAAUCAAACUACCACAGAUUGUUGUUGUUGGUUCACAGUCGAGUGGUAAAUCAUCGGUACUCGAGAAUCUAGUUGGUCGUGACUUUCUUCCAAGAGGUUCAGGUCUAGUAACUAGAAGACCACUUGUAUUACAACUCAAUAGAAUUGAACCAGGUCAUGCAGAAUGGGGAGAAUUUGGACAUACUGGAGAUUCAAAGUUUAACUUUGAUGAGAUUAAAAAAGAGAUAGAGAUUGAAACGAAUAGAGUUGCAGGAGGCAAUAAAUCAAUUUCAAGUGAACCUAUUAUACUCAAGAUCUAUAGUCCCAAUGUGAUUCCAUUGACAUUGGUUGAUACACCGGGUAUUACACGUAUUCCAAUUGGUGAUCAACCAACCAACAUUGAAGAAAAGAUUCGUGAUAUGGUCGUAGACUAUAUAUCUAAUCCCAACUCGAUCAUUUUGGCCAUUUCAGCAGCCAACCAAGAUAUUGUGACGAGUGAUGCACUCAAACUCGCCAAAGAGGUUGAUCCAACUGGCAAGCGAACCAUCGGUGUCUUGACCAAGUUGGAUCUGAUGGACAAGGGCGUUGACGCUAUGGAUAUUCUCAUUGGUAGCGUCGUCCCACUCAAGUUGGGAUUUGUCGGUAUCGUCAAUCGAAGUCAACAAGACAUUAACAUGAAGAAACAGAUUGGACAAGCCAUCCAAGACGAAUCUGCAUGGUUUCAGUCACACCCCAUCUACAAUCGUAUUGCCAAUCAAAGUGGAUCAUUGUUUUUGGGUCAACGUUGCAACAAGAUUCUCACCAAACAUAUCAGAGAGUCAAUGCCAGGUGUAAAGAAUCAAAUCCGUGCACUCAUCAAGAAAUACGAAGAAGAGUUGGAACGUUAUGGAGAUCCCAUCCCAGAGAGAGCAAGUGAAAAGUCUAGACUUUUGAUUGACAUUCUCAACAAAUUUGCCCUCCAAUUUAGAUCCGAUCUCGAAGGUGUCAAUGACGAACAACUCACCAAUCAUGUCAAUGGUGGUGCUCGUAUUCGUUACAUCUUUUCACAAGCCUUUAAAAAUGUAAAGGAAAGACCUUUUGAAUGGUUAACUGAUCAACAAUUAAGAGUUGCUCUUAGAAAUUCUUCUGGAAUUAGACCAACUAUGUUUAUUCCACAAAAGACAUUUGAUUCAUUGACUAGAAUUCAAAUUGAUAAAUUAAAGGAUCCAGCUUUACAAUGUGCUGAUACAGUAUUGGAUGAAUUGUUGAGAAUCUGUACUCAAGUAGAUUCACAAGUAUUUAAUCGUUUCCCAUUGUUGAGAGAACGUAUUGUCGAAGUUGCAAAUAAUGUCCUUCGUAAAUUACUUUCUCCAACAAACAAAAUGAUUAGUGAUAUGGUUGAAGCUGAAUGUUCUUAUAUUAAUACAAGUCAUCCAGUUUACAUGUCAGAAUUAAAUAGAUUAUUACAUUCAAAUACUCAACCAAAUAACAAUUAUGAAAUUGAAAUGCAAAAACAACGUGAAAAGGAACAACAAUCACAAUCACAACAAGGUGGUGGUGGAAUAUUUGGUAUGAUAUUUGGACGAGGAGGAAAGGAAUCACAACAACCACAACAACAACAAAAACAAAACAACAAAACAUCUCAAUCAAAUAUCCUCUAUGGAAUGGAUGAAAGUUAUACUGAUGAUGAAAGAAAACAAAUUCAUUUACUUAAACGAUUAUUACAUAGCUAUUAUGAUAUUGCACAAUUUAAUGUCCAAGAGAAUGUUAUUAAAAUCAUUACUCACUUUUUAGUUGAUCGUUCAAAGGACGUUCUUCAAAGAGAAUUGGCCACUGUAUUAUACGAUGAAGCUUUGGUUGAACAUUUGCUCAGAGAAAAUGAAAACGUUGUUGCCAGAAGAAAAGAAUGUAUCUAUAAAUUGGAAGUCCUCAAAAAGGCUAAAAAAUCAUUAUCUGUAACAGAAAUGAAUUCAUUUAUGAAUCUUUAA